UCAUCUUUUUGUAUACUGAUAUUUUUAUGUACUUUUUUUAUAGACCAAUUUAAAAAAAAAAAAACAUGUAAAGAUUGCUCAUUUUUGGUCAUGUUUAUGUUUGUUUUGAUAUUUGAGUUUGUAUUAGUCAUAUACUGUGCCUCUGCAAAUGCCUCUGAGGAUUAUUUUAAUCAAGAAUCGUUACAAAUAUGUAUUCCCAAACCGAAAUCAAAUGAAUCAGCCAUCGUAAAUAUUUUAAAUAAUGCAAUUGGUAGCCAGCUGUCUCAAGAGGUGAUUCAAGAUAUUCUACACACGAAAUUGGAAAUAAUGUAUCUUUGUAUAUUUGCUUUUAUUGUAUCACUUGUCGUGGUAUUUUUAAUACCAUUUUUCACGUGUUUUGUUGUUUGGGGUGUAAUUCAUGGCGUUGUUGUAGUCAGCAUUGGAGGAACUAUUUACUUAUGGAUAACUUGGAAAGAAAUGUCUGAUUUUGAAAUUAAUAAUAACCAAGUCCCACAAAAGUUCAAGUAUACGUACUUUUCGUAUGCGCUGAUUGCGACAACAUUCACAAUAACUAUCUUGCUAUUCAUUUUCAAAAUGAGAUGUCAUAUAGCAUUUGUUAUACAAUUACAUAAAGAGUCUGGUAAAGCUAUAAGUAGCAUGCCUAUAUUGCUCUUACAACCGGUGGGCACGUUUAUAUUCAUGUGCUUAUCCCUAAAUAUUUGGGUAUAUUUUGGUCUGAUAAUAGAAGGUUCAGGAUAUAAACAAUUUGAACCGCUGAGCCGUACGAUAUAUUACCAUAAAGACGAUUUAAUGGAAUUUUCCAAAAUAUAUAAUAUUUUUGUUUUAAUCUGGAUUAUUCAAUUUAUCAUUGGUUGUCAGGACAUGAUUAUUGCUCGUUGUGUUUCUACGUGGUUUUUUACUAGGAACAAAGACGAUGUUACAGAUCCCAUUUCAUGUUCUAUUAAGUAUUUAUUAAAACACCACCUGGGAUCUGUGACAAUUAGGCAAUGUUUUGCGAACUAUUUACAAAAUUAUAGUAGACGAUAUUUGAAAACCAAAUAUACAUAAUAGAAUUAUUAUGUAGAAAUCGGUAAGAAUUUAUUUUUGUUUUGAGAGAUUUUAGUUAGCAACUAAGUAUUAGGUUUAUCGUAUAUACGAUAUAUCUAUAUUAUAAAGAUAUAAAAUAGAACAUUAAAUGGAUUAUUAUUUAUGGUUUACAUCUUAUGUUCUAAUUAAAUAGGUAAACUUAUUCUAUAUUCUGCACAUAAUGUUAACUUGUAACUAGUGGUGGCUUAUGUCUUUAUAGAAUAUUGCAGCCACACGCCAACACUGCCUUGUAAAUUUAAAAACAGGAUAAUUUCACAAAAAACAAAAACAUAAAUUUUUGUUGUUGAAUUUCAAAAUAUGAUAAUAAUUUUAAAACAUUAAAUUUAUCCAGGGACGCCCGCAGAGAGAGGCCAGUGCACCCACUGUGCAUUUUUUAAUGAACAAAAAAAUCAGUGUAUAAUAAUGUAAACAUGUGACUAUAUACCUAUGUAUUUAU